AUGUCAGGCAUCGCACAGAAAGUUAAGGACGCGGUGACGGGGCAUAGUCACUCAACAACCCACAACCAAUCCUCCACUACCGGCCACGGAACGCAUGGAACUGCUGGUUCUUCGCACGGCGGUGUGACUGGAACUAACCAUGGAACCCAUGGAACUGGCGCAGGCACUUCGGGGUUAGGUCAGACCGUCCGACCCGUAGAGGCCAGCCAAAUGAGCACGGCGGAUAAUAGAUAUGAUACAAAGCUCGGUGGCCACGGCCAGGGACACACUGGCCCGCUUGGUAGCGGUGGAAUUGGAUCGGGAGGAGCUGGAGCCACCCACACCGCGGGGCCACAUAGCACCGAUAUCGCGAACAAACUCGACCCAAGAGUCGACUCCGAUCGUGACGGCAGAAGUGCAUAUGGCACCCAUGGAACUGCUGCCGCAGGAACAAAUACCCAUACAGCAGGUCCACAUAGCUCGGAUGUCGCGAACAAGCUUGACCCGAGAGUUGACUCUGAUCGCGAUGGCAGAGGAACAUAUGGCACCCACGAGAUGGCCGGUUCGGGAACAGCAGGGCGUACGGCAGGUCCUCACAGCUCAGAUGUUGCAAACAAGCUAGACCCACGGGUUGAUUCUGAUCGUGAUGGCAGAGGCAUUACCGGCACUCAUGGUACUACGGGGACCCAUGGUACCUAUGGCACGAUUGGUACUACUGGCGCCACUGGCACCCACACAGCUGGUCCUCAUAGCUCAGAUGUUGCAAACAAGCUUGACCCAAGAGUUGACUCUCAUCGCGAUGGUAGAGGAGCAUAUGGCAUUACCAGCACUCAUGGCAUUCAUGGCAAUACUGGUUCCCACGGAAUGGUCGGUUCAGGCACAGUAGGACACACAGCUGGCCCUCACAAAUCGAACGUUGCGAACAGAAUGGAUCCACGAUUCGACUCUGACAUCAACAGAGGCACAAACUUAACAAGUGCAACCGUCGGAUCAGGAGCAGCAACUCACACGGCUAGCCCUCACGACUCGAAUAUCGCGAAUAAGCUGGAUCCGAGAGUCGACUCGGAUCUCAACGGCAGCCGCACAUUCGGCGGCAACGCAACCCAUCACUCCCAAACCGGACUUGACUGCAAGGACCCAACGGACGCGGCUCAGGUGCCCCCGAGCGUGAUGGCUAAAGCACAUUGGACCUCCCCAUGUUGCCCAUGA